GUGAAUUCGUGUAUAUGCAACUUUACUAUUUUGACAAGCAAAACAUUUGUUUUCUUCAAUUGUGUUUUUUUCUAGAUAUUUCAAUAGUUUUGUAAAUGAUAAAUGAAUAAAAGUAUAGAGCAGUGUUUACGAAUUUUGUGAAAUAAAAUAAAAUAAAAUGCCGAAAUAUUAUUGCGACUAUUGUGAUACAUAUUUAACACACGAUUCACCGUCGGUGCGAAAAACACAUUGCACGGGACGAAAGCAUAGGGACAACGUAAAAUUCUAUUACCAAAAAUGGAUGGAGGAACAGGCGCAACAUUUAAUCGAUGCUACCACAGCUGCUUUUAAAGCUGGUAAGAUUACACAAAAUCCAGGUGUUGCGAUACCGCCUCCCAAUAUGGCACCACCACCGCGUCCGGGUCUUAUGCCGGGUGCGCCUGGAAUGCCGCCUAUGAUGAUGGGACCACACGGAGCUAUGCCACCACCAAUGAUGGGCAUGCGACCGCCACCAAUCAUGGGACCGAUGGGGCCAAUGAUGGGACCACCACCACCCUUAGGUGCUUUAGGUGUACGACCUCCUAUGAUGAACGGACCUCCACCAAAUAAAUAACAAAAUACUUUAAGGAAAUAUAGACAAGAAAAUACUAAUUAAACAAAUGUAUAAUUUUGUCCAAAUUUUUUGAAAUACUGAAUAAAUAAUUUAUAUUAAUUCCAA